GUAAAGUGACAAAGUCAGCCCUCAUGAUGACAAUGGGGCAAACAGUUGUUCAUAAAAUAAAAAGACUGAUGAUUCUAAUGGCAUUGCCUCGGGUUAUCCUACCUGUAUUUGUUGUGAUUAUCUUUGCCUCUACUCUGACAUACCUUAUGUGGGCCAACCCAGCCAGUGUUGUGAGCGGGGAUCAGUAUAUGGUUCAACCUGUUGGUGUGAUGAAGGGCAGAGUUCAAGAAAGGACUAGAUUUACUAAGAAUCACCUGGUUGAAAAUGGCUAUGGUGCCUGGAUUGAUGGUCGUGACAUAGAGGUUAUGAGUGCUAUCCAUGAUAUACAUUACAGCAACACUAGCUCAACUCGCAUUGUUCUUCCUAGUUUUUUACGUCAUUCGAAGGAGCGAGAUUUUGUCUGUUGCUUCCAUACAUCACUUCAUUCUGAUGAGUAUUACCAAGUUCAAUCAAGCCUUGACUUCAUAGACUUGCGGUUCAUUGUCAACUUCCAGAAUGCAGCAUUUGAAUGUCUUCUAGAUAACUCAAUGACUGACCAAAAUAGAAAAUUUAAAUAUGUGGCCUUUGCUCCAGAGUCUUGUGAGAAAAAUGUGUCGUCUUCAGUUAGAGUUGUGUACCCCCGUCUCAGGUCGUGGGAAUUUGCUGUUUGCACAAAGGUUGCUUAUGGAAGGUUGGACCCCGCUCGCCUAGUUGAAUGGUUUGAGUUUUUAAAGUGGGUUGGCUGCAGCAAAGUUCUGACAUUUUACAAUAACGUGCAUCCAGACUCAAUGAAAGUUUUUCUGUAUUAUCAAAGUACUGGAUUGCUAGACUUCAUUAAUUACAGACCUCUAAGUUUGAAAGGUGCUACUGAAACCAAGUUCACAGAGAACAAUUCCCAAACAAGACAAGCUCGCCAGGACAAGACUUUAGUAGUGCGAGACUGCCAGUACAGGCUGGGUGGUUACGACUUUGUCAUGACUGUGGACUUUGAUGAGCUGCCCGUACCUGUUCGACCCUUUGGGUCAUUGAACUGGGUGUUCCAGGACUUACUGCUGAACAACACAGAUGCAGGGGCAUUUAGAAUGGACCCAGUUCUUCUACCUCCAGAAUGGAAGAGUUCCAGAAGUAAUUUGUUCCACUGGCAGUUCUCAGCAGGAACUUACAUUACUCCGUACUGCAGGAAAUGGGUUUACAUCCCCAAGAGGACCUGGCUGGCCGCCACUCAUGAAAAUGUGCCUAAGAAUGGCUACAAAAAGUAUGUGAUCCCCAACAGCGCCCUCUACUUCCUUCACUUCCGCUCCUGCAAGCCAGACUGGUUGGGUGUACCGUGUCAAAAUCUGACGCAAACAGUCAAAAAUUUGCACGUCCUCGACAGGUUCUCAGGGAUGAUGUAUCUCAGCAUGAACAAGCUGCCCCUGGAGGAACUUAUUCCAGACACAAACUAUGUGAACUUCAUCAGGUCAAACAUGAAAUCAUCUGCUGCCAUCAGGAAACGUAAUUUUGAAAUUGAUACACAAAAUGACCCAUUCUUGACUGACCAGACCAGAUAAAACACCUGCCUUAUGUUGAUUGGUUUCAGGGUUAGUUCUAUAUUUUUUUUACAAAUGGCAAACAAACUGUCAUGCUAUCAUUUGAACAAAUUUCAUGAUCACUUGAAUAUUUAAUCACUUUUAGUCUAGAUUUUUAUAAUAGAUAAUAAUAAUAUUUUUACAAUAGAUAAUUGUUGUGAAAUGUAACCAUUGUCUUUACUAGCUCAACCCUAACCACAGCAAGUUAUUCAGUGAUAACUGUUUGGUUAACCCAAUUGUGUAGGCUGAGCUAUUUAUGACUUGUAUUGCAUGAUCAUGUCAAAUCUUCAAAUACAAAUUGAAUGAAACAUAGGCUGUCUGAAAUAUAGAAUAAUGAAAACUAUUUACAGUAGAACAUUGCAUUUUAAAAUUAACAGAGAAAGCAGUCACAUGGUUCCUGGGACCUCCUGAAAUUUCAGUAUGUUCUAGAAUUCUCCUAGAAUUUAAAAACCCUGAAAAGUCCUGGAAUUUGACAAUUUCCCUGAAAUUUUAUUUCGGUUUGGACAUUUUAGUGCACUUUUUUCUGUGUUAUAGAAUCUAGGUAAUUAGAAUUGAAUUAACUCACUGUUUCUGUAAUAUGUUAUGCUAUAGUUUUAAGCACUGGUAAUGUAUUUUUGUAACAUUUUUCUGUAAUAUUUUCUUAAACUGAAGAAUUUAUUAUUUAAAUUUUAUACAAACUUUCUCAUUUACAUGGUACUCAAUUUUUACCAAAUUUGUAUUUUAAU